AUGUUGCAGCCAAUCAAGUCAACAUGGAGCAGCAAAGGUGUGAGUAUUGUGUCAGAUGGAUGGUCUGAUCCUCAAAGAAGGCCUCUCUUAAAUUUUAUGGCUGUAACAGAAGAUGGACCCAUGUUUUUAAGAGAAAUCAACACCGUGGGAGAUACAAAGAGCAAGGAGUAUAUCUUUCAGAAGCUAGUAGAAACCAUUGAUUUUAUUGGAGCAGGGAAUGUUGUGCAAGUGGUCACUGAUAAUGCAUCAAACUGCAGAGGAGCAGGGCUGAUGGUGGAGCAGAAGUACCCUCAUAUUUUCUGGACUCCAUGUGUCGUCCAUACUUUGAACCUUGCGCUGAAGAGCAUAUUUGCAGCCAUGAAUGAGGAAGACCCCGAGUACGAACACUGCAACUGGAUCAGCGAGGUUUCAUCGGAUGCGCAGCAAAUCCGGAACUUCAUAAUGAACCACUCCAUGAGGUUGUCUAUGUUCAAUGAUUUUAGCAAGCUGAAACUUCUAGCUAUUGCUGAAACAAGAUUUGCCUCUCAGAUUGUUAUGCUGAAAAGGUUCCGUGAGAUCAAAGAAGCUCUUACUUUGUUGGUAGUGAGUCCUAGGUGGUCUGAUUAUAGAGAUGAAAGAAACAUUCAAGAGAAAGCACAAUUCGUGAAAGAGAAGGUUCUUAAUGAUUUGUGGUGGGAUAAAGUGAAUUGCAUCCUUGAUUUCAGCGAGCCCAUCUAUUCUAUGAUACGUGCAGCUGAUACAGAUAAGCCAUGCCUCCAUUUGAUGUAUGAGAUGUGGGAUAGCAUGAUUGAGGCUGGGGUUAGACCGGAGCUGCAUCAGGGGAGCCGGAGCGCCUCGGCGACAGUCGUGACACUAGAGGAGGACCCGACCCACGUCAUGGCCGCCGGCCAUGGGGAGCCUGCCCCAUAUUAUCUUGUUGCUGACCUAGCCGGCCGGACGCCGCCGCACCAUCCCACCGGAGGCAGCCUCCAGCUCCCCACCGACGACGCUCGAGCCCAGCUAGGUCCAGCACCAUGGCCACGCGCGUGGCCCCUUGUACGCCCCAUGGAAGGAGGGCGUGGCUCCCCGAUAGCUGCCUCUGUAAGUACCAAGCUACCAUGGAGGCAGAGGAAGGCGCCGCCGUCAUCAAGGGUAGGGGCGAGGAGUUGGGCGACACCCGUGGAGGUCAUCGAAUGCCUGUAG